AUGGUGCUUGAGAGAGCUCAACCGCUACUCGCGUCCAACGAAACGAACGGGAACGCGGAUGAACUAAUCACGCUACGUGCGGAGAACGAGAGGCUGCAACACAAGAAUGAGGAGCUUCGUAAACGGAACUUCAAGAUCCUGGACGAUGUGGCUGGUUUGGAGAAGCAGCUCUCAUGUCAAGUUUCUCCGUCUUCGAACAAAUCACCAGAAUCAGGAGAAGUAUGUGGCUAA